CCAAAGGGGCGACGUUGAAGGGAACAUUUGUUCGGGACGGGGGAGACUGCCGUUGUGCCGUCUGGCUUGUAUUUCGUAACACUUUGUACUUGUCAUUAAAUCGGAUUUAAACUCGAGCGGAGGAUUUCUUUUUCCUGCAAUCGAGCAGGAACCGGAUUCGUUUGGAGUUUUUUUUCUAAUCGAUCGUUUCACGGAAGUUUGACGAAGUGGAGGCGAUUUGAGGGAAGAGUCGCUGGAAGCGUUCGGGGAUUCUCGGUCUGGAUAAGCACUCAGAAGAUCGCAGCUGCAGGCCAUUUACUGAUGGGUACAUACAGUGGGGCGAUACGACGAAAGAGCUGCAGUUUAUUGUCAAGAGACGGGAACUGUGGGAGAACUUUAGUCGUCUCCAUAAAACGGCUUUUAUAGGUUAGUCGUUAUUGACAGAUGAGCACCUGGAGCCAAAAGUCCCGCCGCUGAUUCGAGCCCGAGAAAACGCCUCAAAGCACAGCGAUCAGCAUGAGUGCCGAAGCAUAUCAGUACCGAGCGCUUUAUGACUACAAAAAGGAGAGGGAGGAGGACAUCGACCUCCACGAGGGGGACAUAUUGUUGGUAAGCAAAGGAGCCCUGGUGGCCCUCGGGCACACGGACGGGCUGGAGCAGCAGCCAAACAAGAUUGGCUGGCUGCCGGGCUUCAAUGAAACCACUCAGGAAAAGGGGGACUUCCCUGGGACGUAUGUCGAGUACAUCGGGAAGAAGUGGAUCUCUCCCCCCACUCCAAAACCGAGGCCCGUCCGACCUCUACCUGUGGCUCCCAGCCCCGUCAAAACCGACGCGGAGUCCGACUCAGAACAAGGCUCCUGUUUGCCGGACCUGACGGAGCAGUUUUCCCUCCCGGACACGGCUCCACCCAUGCUGACCCGGCUGCUGGAAGGCAUCGAGAAGAAAGGUCUGGAGAACCCCACCCUGUACCGAACCUUCACAGCAGGAGCCGGACUGGAAGUCAGGCAGUACUUGGAGUCGGAUCCUCCGUCCGCAGACCUGGAUCAGCUGGAUCUCCCAGUCUUGUGUGACGGCCUGCGCCGGUACCUGCAGGACCUCCCCCAGCCCAUCAUCCACCCGGCACUACAAGUCCAGAUGGUCCACACGGCAAAAGAGGUGGCGAACCCUGAGGAAUGCGCCCAGCUGCUGCGCCGCGUGGCCAGCACCCCCAGCCUGCCCCACCAGUACUGGCUGGCCCUGCACUGCCUGCUCCGCCACUUCGCUAGAGUGUGCCAGAGCGGCUCCAAGAACCUGCUGAGCGCCCGGACGCUGGGCGAGAUCUUCAGCCCCGUCUUCUUCAGACAGCAGUCUGUCAGCUGUGAGCCCAGCCUGGAUGCUUACAUCAAGAUCAUCGAGGUUCUGGUGACCAGCGAGUGGAGCGAGAGUCAAGCCGCACCAGCUCUGCCUCCGAAGCCCCCGAAGCCCGCGGCGGUCAUCAACAACGGUAUGAACAACAACAUGGCUCUGCAGGACGCAGAAUGGUACUGGGGGGAGAUCUCCCGGGAGGAGGUCAACGAGAAGCUGAGGGACACUGCGGACGGUACGUUUCUGGUGCGAGACGCCUCUACGAAGAUGCACGGCGACUACACGCUGACUCUGAGGAAAGGAGGAAACAACAAGCUCAUCAAGAUAUUCCACCGGGACGGGAAGUACGGCUUCUCCGACCCGCUGACCUUCAGCUCCGUGGUGGAGCUCAUCAACCACUAUCGCAACGAGUCUCUGGCUCAGUACAACCCCAAGCUGGACGUCAAGCUGCUCUACCCCGUCUCCAAGCAGCAGCAGGACCAGGUGGUGAAGGAGGACAACAUCGAGGCCGUGGGGAGGAAGCUCUGCGAAUACCACCAGCAGUACCAGGAGAAGAACAAGGAGUACGACCGUCUGUACGAGGAGUACACCAGAACGUCGCAGGAGAUCCAAAUGAAGCGCACAGCCAUAGAAGCUUUCAACGAAACCAUAAAGAUAUUCGAGGAGCAGUGCCAAACGCAGGAGCGCUACAGCAAAGACUACAUCGAGAGGUUCAGGAAAGAGGGAAACGAGAAGGAGAUCCAGAGAAUCAUGGGGAACUACGAGAAGCUGAAGUCGAGGAUCAGUGAGAUCGUGGACAGCAAGCGCAGACUGGAGGAGGACCUGAGGAAGCAGGCGGCCGACUACAGAGAGAUCGACAAGAGGAUGAACAGCAUCAAGCCCGACCUCAUCCAGCUCCGCAAGACCAGAGACCAGUACCUCACGUGGCUGACACAGAAAGGAGUGCGGCAGAAGAAGCUGAACGAGUGGCUGGGAAUCAAGAACGAGAACACAGAGGAUCAAUACUCGAUGGUGGAGGACGACGAAGACCUCCCCCAUCACGACGAGCGCACCUGGAAGCUGGAGAAGAUCGACCGGCUGGAGGCCGAGGGCCUCCUCCAGGGGAAGCGAGACGGCACAUUCCUGGUCCGGGAGAGCAGCAAGCCGGGAUGCUACGCCUGCAGCGUGGUGGUGGACGGCGAGGUGAAGCACUGCGUCAUCAACAAGACGCCGUCCGGCUACGGCUUCGCGGAGCCCUACAACCUGUACAGCUCGCUAAAAGAACUCGUACUUCACUACCAGCACACGUCGCUGGUCCAGCACAAUGACUCUCUGAAUGUGACGCUAGCGUACCCCGUCUUCACGCAGCAGCGGCGGUGAGGACCUCGCCCACUCAAGGACACGGAUUUGGAUGCCUGAACCAUUUCAGAGACACGAGCCCGAGCCUGAAUGUAGAUCUCCUACUUUUUUGGUUUUCCGUUGGGAGCACAGAAUCCAGCAGACUGCUGACCCCACCCCUCCCCCCAGCGAGCGGAGAACAUUUGAGGCCUUUUUCCUUACGGUGCUUGUUCUUUUCCAGAGCUUUACCACACGGACUCUUCUCACCGGCCACGACUUCUUCUUUGUACGACUGUCCAUGUGACCAAAACUCAUCCAAUCAGGAGAGUGUGGGCGGGGCUUACGUUGACUGUUCAGUAGCAGACGAUGGAUCAGCUGACAAAUGUAGCAAAACGGCACUUUUUAAGAAAGAAAAACUUUUUUUUUUGUUUUUGUUUGGAAAGCUCUUGUGUUUGUGGAGCAGAAAGGACUCAACCCCACCCCCACCCAACCCCCUCUCGCCGGUUGAACUUGCAGGAACAAACUGCGGGCGAGUCGAACUAUGAAUGGACUUGUGUACAUAAAUGAAAUUGUGCAAACUCGUGAAUCAAAGUACCAAAAAAACAGAAAAAAAGAAAGAUCAGCUCCUGUUAUAGUUUUUUCUGAUCUGCUAUGCAAGAAGUCUUUCUCCAUUUUUACUGUUGCAACACAAUAUAAGCUUUGUUUUUGCUUGAAGAUCUGUUCCAGGAGGAUAUUUUGUUGAAAAUGCCAAGAUACAGUUAAAGACAUGCGUAUAAUUUUUAAAAAGAGAGCAUAAACUUUAUUAUAAAUGACUUUAACAGCUCUUAUGGUGGAAAAUGCGAGCGUUUUAUUAGUUUUUUUUCCUUCAAACUAAAGUCCCUCUCAGGCGUUUGAGCUGCUUCGUUCUCGGGUUUUAUUUUAGUUUUUUUUUUCGAACAUGCAGUCGUGAGUUGAAGCGCUCAGAUCGGUCUGAUGGGAUCGUACGACCCAUAUCACCACCAAAACAGCAGUAUAGAUUUAUUUUGUUAUAAAGAAAAUAUAUAAUGUUCCCAUACGAGAGAUAUAAGCUCACUUUACAUUUUACACUUAGUAUUUUUCUGUAUCAGAAAAUCACUGUUUACAUGGGUGGAUCGGCUCAUUUCAGAAAGCGAUUUCUCAUUUUGAAGCUGCCUUUGGCGGCUCGACUCGUUUCCUUUCGUUUUGUUUUUUUUAAAGUUUAGCUGUAACGAAGUGGCAAAAACCAGUGAACGUGUAUAUUUUUUAAACGGACGUUUUUCCACGCGAGAGGAAAAAGACGACGAAUAGAUCAGAGAUAUAUUUUGGAUUCUUCUGCACGCAGCCAAAGUGAAAUCUGUGAGGAAAGUUCAGCUGCUCGUUUUCACUGAGGACGUGGCGAAGUGCAGCACACAUCUCAGUAUUAGCUUGGUUCACCUGAAACGACGGUACAAAAGUGUUUUUAUCUAACAAAAUCCUCCUAAAAUGUGUUUUUUUUAAUCAGAUCUGUAAAAAUUCCGAACAGCAGUGAUCUAUCUGGCACUUAAACAGCUGCUGGCACAAACCUUGUGCUUUUGAAGUUCUCAAAUGACCAUCUUUUUUAUUUUAUGGUGACCCCACACACCCGUGGUUGGAUUGAAAUCAGACCGAUUUUCCCCGUUUGGCUUCAGAUCUGUAUUGGGCUUUGUUAAACAUGAAAUAAAACACUUGUUUUUACGAA